UUACGGGUGACUAACAGGCCGAAGGUCAAAAAUCAGAAAAAAUAAAUCCAUCUUCCAACGCUCGUCUUCUCGCCGUAACUCUCAUUCCAUCCCAACUUAAUCGAAUAAAAGCUCCAAUUAAUUAUCAGGUGUUCCCUUUCUUUAUUUUGGUUAGAUUGGAGAGGUUUUUCAAUGGCAAGAACGAGCUAUAAUCAAAGUCAUAACAACAAGGCUGGUGUCUUCUUUUUGGCCACUCUGCUCCUGUGGAUGGUCUCCGUUUUGUUUGAAAUAGUGUUCAACAAGCGCAGAGAGCUGAUGUGGAUCGUCUAUGGUGCUUGCUUCUUCCAAUUGUCCAACUGUUUCGUUCGAUUUGCGGUCUCUCGGGACCCUCUCUUCGUUAAUACCGCUGUCUCUCUUCUUCACUCAACUGUCACUUCCGUUUCAGUGGUAUUGAUAUUAGUUAAUCAGUGGAUAAUAAAUGGUUCAAAAACAAUGUUUGAGCACUCACAGUUGGUUGGUGGUACUUGGCCGUGGGCAUACCCAGCUUUAUGCUUCUCAUGUGGUUACUUUGCAUAUGAUCAGUGGGAUAUGCUGCACUACCGGUUAUACAGUGGAUUGAUUCCUUCCAUCCUUGUGCAUCAUCUGUUGCUAUUGGUUUGCUUCACUCUUGCUUUAUACCGAAAUAUGACUAUCAACUACCUUAUUAUUACUCUCAUUUGUGAGCUACAUUCCAUAUUUUUACAUGUGAGGAAAGUAAGACGGAUGGCUGGGAUUCGUCAUGCCAAGAGUAGAAUUGUUAGGGUGGAGUGGAUUCUCAAUUGGACCAUGUUUGUUCUUGCGAGGUUUGCAUCUCAUGUUCUGAUCACUGUCAAGCUGAUUAAAGAUGCUUCCAAGUUUGAAAAGGGCAUUGGGUUGCCACUUGCUUUGUUUGGGAUGUUUGGCAUGAACUUGCUUAAUUUUUUCCUUACCAUUGAUCUCUUCAAGGCUUUCAGGAAGGAGAGAACACCAGCACAGAUGAAUAAUCAUCAUGCUGAUUGACUGAUACAAUGAAGGCCCCAAAAAAGAGUUAGUAACUGUAUCAUAGAUAUUCCCUUUUUUUCAUUGUUUUUUGUACAGGAAAAACGCUUCAGCUUAUGGUGAAAGGAAUAGUGCUCUGUAAAAUAACAGGAAGUCAUUAGCCAUGAAUAUAUUGAUUUAUUUCAGACAAUUUAGUUUAUACAGAUGGCGAAAAAUAUAUUGUAAAACCUGUCUUGACAACAAAAUUGUGUUACUUAAGCUCACACCUCUUAUUGCUAGC